AUUCAUUGCAACGUAACCGAACAAGCGUGUCCUACAUUCAAAGUAACGCAGCUGGAGCGUACGCUUCUAACCUGAUACCCAAACGACGAGAAGACGGCGACGAAGAAGAAGAAGCAGCUCGAAGUUCGCGCAUAAGACACUCCGAUCUUCGAGUGUUUCUGCGUGCACUCUCGUUGGUGGAAUCUUUGUUAGGUUUUCAGUGAUUGGACAUUGUUCGAGUCGUUCUGAUUUUUUAGGGUUGCGGGCCAUUCAAAGACCAGAGAGGGAGAGAGAGAGAUAGUGAGGAUUGGCUAUGCAAACGGAGGCUCGAGUGCGCGUGGUGGUGGAAGGAGGGCAAAGAGUGGUCGUCGAUGGCGGUGCGCAUAAGUUUGUGCAGCAACAGAAGCACCCAUGGAGUCGCCAAUCGCAGAUCAGCACCGUGUCACAGCUUCUGGCCGGUGGAAUCGCCGGCGCCUUCAGCAAGACAUGCACAGCCCCGCUCGCUCGUCUCACGAUUCUCUUUCAGGUGCAAGGCAUGCACUCCGACGUGACGAAGUUGAGAACGGCGAGUAUAUGGCGCGAGGCUUCGCGAGUCAUCGGUGAAGAAGGAUUUAGGGCUUUCUGGAAAGGCAACCUUGUCACGAUCGUUCAUCGUCUUCCUUAUUCUUCCGUGAGCUUUUACGCGUACGAGCGGUACAGCAAUUUGGUACGGUUGAUUCCGGGACUAGAUGGCCACAGGGAAAAUUUAAGUACAGACGUUUGCGUUCGACUUCUUGGUGGUGGUUUGGCUGGGGUAACAGCUGCAUCUGCUACGUACCCGUUGGAUCUUGUGAGAACGCGCCUUGCAGCUCAGACAAAUGUGAUCUAUUAUAGAGGUAUUUGGCAUGCAUUGCAUACUAUUUGCAAAGAAGAGGGUGCCUUGGGCCUUUACAAAGGACUUGGGGCGACAUUGUUGGGUGUUGGGCCCAAUAUAGCAAUUAGCUUUUCAUGCUAUGACACUUUGAGAUCUUCAUGGCUGGCUUCGAGGCCCCAUGAUUCAACUGCUCUGGUCAGUCUUGCUUGUGGCAGUCUUUCAGGCUUUGCAUCAUCCACAAUGAAGCAGGUUGGGGUGUAAGCUCUGCACUAACUAUCUAACCAGACUGACCCUUACAACUAAGCGGGAAUAAUUUGUCUUGUAAGGAAGUCUAAGAAAAAAUACUUAUGUGCUCUGUCAAACUUUAUAUUUUUCAUUUAAAGAUCUUGCUUGGACUAACUUCAUUUCUUCAACAUUUCUUAACAUACCAAUCUCCCAAGCAUUGCAGUUGGUUCCAUUAUGGGGUGGUGCUGCUCCCAGGUGAACCAGCACCGUCCUUUUGGUUCUCAAAACUCCAAAAUGAGGGGUGUCCUCUAUGAGGUAUGCUUCUCAAAUAGGCUUCCUUUGUCCAUUGGUUGCUGAUGGUACUGGGCCCUUCCAAGUCUUGCUGGUCCAUUUUGAGGAUAUUAGAUAUUGAUUUCCCAAUUAAUUUACCUUAGAACUCUGUUGGUUUGAAUACAAAACAUUUCUCAAAGAAAAAAAUGCCUAGCUGGGAAAAAGUAUUAUAUAUAGAAAAAAAAGAAUUCAUCUGAAAGCUAACAGGGAAACAAAAGAAUUGUUCUGAAAACUAACAGUAGAUGCAUAAUUUGAAUUUUUAAAAAUGUUUAUUCAUGAAAAAUAAUAUGAUUUGUUGAGUUGCACAUUGCGAUUUCCUGUCAUACAACACUGUUGGUGUAGUUCAUGUGGGAUUAUUGAGCUGCUUAUGUUAUAUGCAGAUGACAUCGCUAUUUUCAAUCUAGCAACCUAACUAUAAGCUAUUUACUUCGCAGCCAGCUUGUGUUGCAGGAAAUGCAUCCUGCGAGUUUUGCUUGCCCAGUUUAUGGUUCAAUCAUCUAAUUCAUUUAAAUUUGUACUAUGAAUUUGGACAAACUUAAAUACAAAAUCGUGAAGUUUUUAUCAAUUCAUAUGGCUACAAGUUUACAGCCCCAAAUCCCGAAAUGUAAUUUGGGCAGUGGGGUUUCUAGGACUUGGCUUGAUAUAAUUUGCUUAUUUAACCGAGUUAUCAUAUACAUCUCUUCUUUGAUUGAUACUCCUAGUUCUAUAUUGAACUAAAACUGAGAAUGUCACUAAUAGCUGUUUGAGAUCAUCUUAGUAAUUAUUUCUGAUAGCUGUAAGGGGCUAGCUUCCAUUUUAGCAUGUGGCUGUUGUGUGAUUUAUGUCUAUUUAGACUGGAAUGAGUACAUUCAGGUAUGGUGAGCUCUUGUGUUCGGUAAUGAUAUUGUAAAGCAAGUUUGUCAUUUGUAUUAGUAAAUUUUCCUCCCAUUGUAGGUCUUAAUGCUUUAAGUGACUCAUUCAAUGAUCCAUCUGCAUCAUUCUCCUAUAUAUUUUGCAGUAACAUUCCCUCUAGACCUAGUGAGACGGCGGAUGCAGCUGGAAGGAGCUGCUGGUAGAGCCCGUGUGUACAAGGCAGGACUUUUUCGUACAUUUGGGCACAUAAUCCGAACUGAAGGCCCGCGAGGUUUGUACAGAGGGAUCCUCCCGGAGUAUUACAAGGUGGUGCCGGGUGUUGCUAUUGUUUUUAUGACGUAUGAGAAACUGAGGACUCUUUUACCUGAUAUUCUCGGCAGUGCCUAAUCAACAGCCUGCCAGCCUCUAUGAAAUUCAAUUAACAGUCCGUUACCAUGGCAGUAAAUUUUGUUACUUGCUGCUGCGAGGAGACCACGAUUUUCAAAUUUGUAGAUAAGCCACAGGAAUACUAGUAUAUAGGCACGAGUGCAAUCACUAUGAUUUUUCACACUUGGAGAUGUUAACGUUUCGUUUAUAGUAAAAUUUAGUUCUCAGACGCGGCCCAUUUCAUUUCCAUCAUAUUGUGCUGUUGAGGGUUACAGAUUAUUAUAAUUUAAUACUUCUACAUUUGGUUAGGUAGGCA